AUGGCGUCAAGAGGGGAAAAGGCUUGCAUGUUGUACACAUAUGAUUGCAAAUUUCUUAUGUUUUCUACAUGUACAAUCACUAAAGCCGGCAUUGGAGGGCCCCUUCUUGAUUUUGAUGGAAAUAUUGUUGGCAUGAACUUCUACGACAACUACGCAAGUGGAACCCCGUUCCUACCAUGGGACGUGAUCCUCAAUGUCCUGGGACAUUUUAAGAAGAAAAGGACCGUUGAUGAAGCUGGCCUUGAUGAUUAUGCAUCUACUAAGCUUGACUGGACUAUUGCUGGUGAUCGCAGUGUCAUGCUUAAUAGUUGGCAUGUGCCCUUGCCGACUUGGUAUCAUCCUGAUGAUCUGAAAAGGCAUGACUACAAAAUGGAACUAGAAAAUGCCGGCACUGGAGGGCCCCUUCUUGAUUUUGACGGGAAAUUUGUUGGCAUGAACUUCUAUGACAAGACCAUUGAUGAAGCUGGCCUUGAUGAUUAUGCAUCCAAUAAGCUUGACUGGACUAUUGCUGGUGAUCGCAGUGUCAAAUUUAAUAGAUGGCCUGUGCCCUUGCCGACUUGGUAUCGUCCUGAUGGUCUGAAAAGGCAUGACUACAAAAUGGAACUAAAAAAUGUGAGGUCCCGCAAAAUAUUCUUGUGA